UCAAACUCCUCUUUACUAUAUAUAUAUAUAUAUAUCAGCACCUUCAUAUCUACUAUCCGGGCCGAUCCAUAUGAUCAUAGUAACAAAACCAGCUGCAUAAUUCAAUAUAUAUAGUUUACAGAGAGGGAGAGAAACCAUGGCGGAGGUGGUUGAGACUGGCCCGACAGCUCCGCCAGUGAACGGCGGGGAGAUCUCGGCCCCUCCCAUGCAGACACAGUACAACUCACCCUCUCUGUCGAGGAAGCCAUUGUUAUUGUCCAUCGAGCAUCCAAAUGCAGCCAGCAGUAAUGCUCAUGACAGGGCGAACCCGAAAACUAUGACUACUUCUCGGACUCCUAAUUUCAUUACCCCGUUGGGGAGCCCGAUAAGAAGGGCGAUAAAGAUGACGAGGUUGGAUCCUCAGGAUGCUUGGCUUCCCAUUACGGAGUCCAGGAAUGGAAACACCUUUUAUGCAGCUUUUCACACGCUUUGUGCUGGUAUUGGAAUUCAGGCGCUUGUGCUUCCUGUUUCCUUCACCAUUCUUGGAUGGAGUUGGGGAAUCAUAUGCCUGACAGUGGCGUUUGUAUGGCAACUCUACACCUUCUGGCUUUUGACUAAUCUCCAUGAAUCCACUGAAACCGGAAUGCGUUAUAGCCGAUUUCUCCAACUCUUUAAUGCUGCUUUCGGAGAGAAAAUGGGGAAAAUAUUUGCCCUGUUUCCAAUCAUGUACUUAUCAGGUGGAACAUGUGUAGCCCUCAUUGUGGUGGGCGGCUCCACCUCAAAGCUUUUCUAUCAGAUUGUAUGCGGCGGCCACGGCUGCGUGGCAAAGCCCUUAACCACCGUGGAGUGGUACCUGGUCUUCACCUGCGCUGCCGUGCUCCUUUCCCAACUCCCCAAUCUCAACUCCAUUGCUGGUGUGUCGCUGAUUGGGGCCGUCACAGCUAUAGGAUACUGCACAAUCAUGUGGAUCGUGUCUGUUACUGAGGGAAGACUUGACGGCGUGUCUUAUGAUCGCAUCAAACCCAACACUAACACGGAGUGGUUCUUUGGAGUUCUGAAUGCACUUGGGAUCAUUGCUUUUGCUUUUAGAGGACAUAAUGUCACUCUUGAAAUCCAGGCAACUAUGCCGUCAAGCGAAAAGAAGCCAUCUCGUGUGCCCAUGUGGAGAGGGGUCCAGGCUGCAUAUUCUAUCGUAGCGCUGUGUCUAUUUCCUCUUGCAAUUGCAGGAUACUGGGCAUACGGAAAUAAGAUACCAGAAAACGGAGGAAUUCUGACAGCUAUCUAUGCCUUCCACGGGAGAGACACUUCACAAACAAUCUUGGGAUUAAUAAGCUUGUUUGUGAUAAUCAAUGCCUUGAGCUCAUUCCAGAUAUACGGUAUGCCGAUGUUUGAUGACAUGGAGUCCAAAAUCACCAAGAGGAUGAAGAAGCCAUGCCCCUGGUGGCUGAGGGUGAUAUUGAGGGUCAUGUUCGGCUAUGGCUGCUUCUUCGUGGCAGUGGCAAUCCCAUUUCUCGGAAGCCUGGCAGGAUUGAUUGGUGGGAUUGCAGUUCCUGUGACAUUUGCCUAUCCAUGCCUGAUGUGGAUCAGGAUCAAGAAGCCCAAGAAACACAGCUUCAUGUGGUGGCUAAACUGGGGACUGGGGAUUUCAGGGAUUCUGCUGACAGUCUUGCUGGUUGCUGCUGGCGUUUAUGUUGUGAUUGACACUGGAAUUGAAGUUAGCUUUUUCAAGCCUCACUAGGAUCAAUCAUAAUAUAUCAAUACCAAAUCCAAAUGAUCAGCCAUGUACUUACUAUUUCCCUUAAAAUUUUUUGAAAUUUCUGCUGAUUUCAUGAGUAGGAUUAAUAUUCAACUAAAAUAUAUACACUUCAUCUAGCUUGCACUACUCUAUUGUAUGUAGCUAGUGGAAUUAAAUUUCCUGUCAAUAAUUUUCUUUCUUGUAAGGAUCGACUCAUCAACAUUAAUUUAUGUAUUCAGUGUGCGAAGCAGUCGUUGGAUUGGUU